AUGACAACCCAUAUUCGUGGCCCACUCACAGUGCACGACAUUGCGGCUGCUGAAAUGGAGAUAAUCAGAUAUAUCCAGAGAACGAGCUUCAAUGAUGCCCUGCUCAAGUCGAGCAAUAUUCGUAAACUUGCACCCAUGACAUCUAGAGACAACAUAAUCUGUGUUGGAGGGCGACUGGCAAAUACGACCCUCAGUGCAGAAGCCAAGCACCCGUGGAUUCUCCCCAAUCGUCACCCAGUUGUUGAUCUGAUUAUCCGACACUACCAUGUGACAACAGGACACUCCGGCAUAGAACGUACACUUGGAGAGAUACGGCAACGUUUCUGGAUUGUCAAGGGCCGAGCAGCAGUAAAACACGUGAUAUUCCGCUGCAUUCCAUGUCGUAGAAUGAGAGCCUCACUUGAGUCGCAACGUAUGGCAGACUUGCCAAAGGAUCGUGUCACCCCUGGACUUGCACCAUUCACUAUGGUUGGAGUAGACUUUUUUGGCCCUUUCAUGGUUAAGCGAGCAAGGAGUGAGGUUAAACGAUAUGGUUGCCUUUUCACGUGCCUCACAACUAGAGCCGUACACAUUGAAGUGUGCCACUCGUUGGAGACGGACUUUUUUAUCAAUGCACUUCAGCGCUUCAUUUCUCGGCGUGGAAAUCCGGUUGAGGUGCGCUCAGAUAACGUUACCAAUCGUGGAGGAGAGAAGGUGCUGCGCCUUUCCAUCCGUGAGUGGAAUCAAGGGAAGAUACAGGACUUCUUGUGCCAAAAGGAGAUUAAAUGGAUCUUUAACCCUCCGACAGCCUCCCACAUGGGUGGGGUGUGGGAAAUCAAAAUUCGGACAAUACGUUCCAUUUUGAACAGCUUGCUUGAUCAGCAACCGCUUAAUGAUGAAGGACUUGUCACCCUGAUGUGCAUCGUAGAAGGCAUCAUGAAUGGUCGUCCCAUUACCAAACUAUCCGAUGACCCACGUGACGCGGCUCCAUUGACACCUAACCAUCUGCUGGUACUUCGCUCUGGUCCAUCCUUCCCACCUGGAAUCUUCGUUAAGCAAGAUGUUUACCGCAAACAAUGGCACCAAGUUCAGUAUCUGAAAAAAAGGAAUAUCUGCCAUCGCUACAGGAAAGGCACAAAUGGUUAA